CGUCGUCCGGGAACAUUGUAGGGCACUCUGCAAAACACAGUGGUCGCCAACGCCGUCGUUCGUUUCUGAAACUGUCUACUACUAUGCCUUUCAAAUUGCGUCUAAAGAAGAGUCGACAGUAUAAUGUCGUCUCAAAAUCUCUGUAUGUGAUUUGUGUCGAGCUGCUGGACAGCACAUCAAUAGAAUGUACCUUAUCGGCUGAGAGCGUUGGUCAAGAAUGCCUAGACAGUGUAUGCCAAAGACUCGGAUUACACCAGCCGGAGAUCCUGGGACUGCGCUACAUAUCUCGGUCUAGAAAUCCACGAUGGGUUGAUUUAAGUAGACCAUUAAAAAGGCAGUUGGACAAAUAUGCAUGCCAUUUUAGUUUGUAUUUGAGAGUCAUGUACUAUAUUACAAAUGUAUCAUUUAUAAAGGACGAAAUGACUAGGUAUCAUUUUUUUCUUCAAUUGAAAAUGGAUGUUAUUGAAGGUCGUAUUCUUUGUGAUGCUGAUCAAGCAGUAUUACUUGCUAGUUAUAGCAUGCAAGCCGAGUUUGGGGACCAUGAUUUAGAAAAACAUACAUCUGAAUAUCUUAAAGAUUUUCAACUUUUCCCUAAGCAUCUAAUUGCAAUACAAGGGCGUCUGGAAAGUCUCACAGAAGCUGUUAUCUGUCAACAUUCGGCUUUAGCAGGCUUACCUCAAGGGACUGCAGAAGAGUAUUAUAUUAUUGCAGCUCAACAACUAGAAGGAUAUGGACAGGAAAAAUUUCUAGCUAAAGAUGAUAGUUCUACUGAAGUGACACUUGCAGUUAGUCUUAGAGGUGUAACAAUUCAAAACCAAAAUAGAAAUACAACAUUCUAUCAAUGGGAAGAUAUAGCAAAUGUAAUAAAUCAUAAACGGUAUUUUAGCAUAGAAGGACAGCAUGAGAAUUUUAUACAAUUUCAGUUUAAUGAUGUCGAAACUGCUAAAUAUGUAUGGAACAUGUGUGUUUUGCAGCACAUGUUUUAUGGGCUGCAUGAAAAAAUUGAUCAAACCGGUGACAACAAGGCUGAUAUAAUGAGAAAAAAUUUAGAAUCUCAUAUUGACAAUAAUAUAGAGAGCAGUCGAGAAGAGUUAGACACCAUUGAUGCUAAAGAAUCUGUCAUGAUGAGAGGUUCAUUCCCUUUUAAUGGAGUUCGUGCUCAAUCGACAUCUUGUUUAGAUUUGUCCUCUUCACAAGGAAGUGAAAAAGCACGAUUGGAAAAAAAUGGACACAAAUCUAUUUCUAAAUUGCCAUCAUAUAGAUUGGCCCCAGAUUAUGAAACUGCUGUUCAACGUAAAUAUUCACAUGGAGACUAUUACAAUCAGACUCCAAAUUUAAUUCCUACAACUUCUAUAAGUCAUCAAGAUAUAAAUUUCCAUCAGGUAAAAUUGAAUGACAAAAUGUAUACGCUUAUUAAAUUAAAUUUACCCAUAUUUUUUUACGGAAAAACAUCAGAUUUAGAUAUUCCUGCCCAGGAUACUGAAUGCAUACAAAUGUUCAAACCACCGCCACCUUAUCCAAUUAGCUAUAGCACACCAGAUUUGGCAAGAGCUUGUCCAUUAGGGUACAUUCAAAAUCCAGUAAGUGGUUCAAGCCCUGAUCUUUUAUCAUCGAGAGGUCAUAAUUUCCAGAUUGCUCCAAACCGUUACAAUGCUUCUCAUAUGUUGACAAAUUCUGAUACACACAGGACUUACACAAAUUUGAACGCAUUGCUCGAACCAAAAAAGAAUGUAGAUGAGUUUCGCACAGGUUUUAAUGCAAACAAUAUGAUGUACUAUAUGGGCCAACAUGGACCUAUUUUAAAUCAACCAAUAACUAGUGUGAUUGUAAAUGAAAGGCCACAUAAUUGCAGUACAGUUUUAGGUAAAUGUACCGAACCUAUUUAUGAAAAUGUACCUUUGCCGUGGAAUUCUAAAGAUGUCCACAGCCGUGCGGCUGGUGCACAAGUAGCUUCUGAGAUUAAAUCACCUAUUAGUAAGGUGCCUCAACAAGUGCAGCCAGUAAAAGAAGAAAUAAUUGUGGAAAAACAGCAACAUGAAAUUAUGCCUAUGAAAAACAACACUUUAGAUAUGAGUAGUAGUUCUAAUGUAUCAUCACAAGUAGUUUCCACAUCAAUUAUUCAUUCAGCAGAACAGUCUUUUGAUUCUUCAAAUCAAAGCAGUAGUAGUGGAACUUUGAAAAAAGAAGGAAGGAGUAAAAAUCGGCGAAAGUGGGCAGGUUUGUUGAGUGGUGCAGUGAAAAGUAAGACUUUGAAUAGAAAUGGUGACAUAAGUGUGGAGGAAUUUAACAAACGUCACUCUACAGUUCCACGACUUCCUAUACCUUCAACUAUUUCUAAAGACACAAUGUGUCAAAUCUUAGAGCAUAAAUUAGAAGACACACAAUUAUUUCAUGAAUUUGAUAAAAUAACUAAAGUUAAACCAAAUGCAGAAUUUUCUACAGCUUUUGUAUUAGAAAAUUAUUCAAGGAAUAGGCACAAGGAUAUUCUGCCUUAUGAAGAAAAUCGUGUUCGUCUAUCACCUAGUAAAGAAAAUCGGUUUGGAUAUAUCAAUGCAUCUCAUAUUACUGCAUCAGUGGGAAACGAACAAARAUUUUACAUAGCAACACAGACACCAUUGCCAAGUACAGUGAAUCAUUUUUGGCAAAUGGUAUGGGAGGCUGGAGUACACCUUAUUCUCGAUUUAUCUCUUCCCAAAACCAAUACUACAGAUGAAAAUUAUGGAAAAUACUUUCCAACAGUUGCUGAUCAUUCUGUACAGUUUGGGGAAUAUCAUGUGUGGCUACAAUUUACACAGGAGACUGGUCAUUGUGUCACUAGUAAAUUAAAAUUGCAACACAACUCAUCUAGACGAUCUAGAAGUGUUUGGCAUUUACGGUAUGAUCAAUGGGUUGAACAAGAUUGUCCGACUGAUGUUUCACAUUUUCUUGGUUUCUUGGAAGAAAUGAGUUCAGUACGUGAACACACAAUCACAGAAAUACCAACAGGACACAAUCGUAAUCCACCAAUUCUUGUCCAUUGUAGUACAGGAGUGGGUAGAACUGGUCUUACAGUAUUAACUGAUCUUCUAUUGUAUACACUAGAUCACAAUCAGGAAUUGGACAUACCUAAAACCAUAUCAUUGGCUCGACACCAGCGCAUGUUGUUUGUAGAAACAGUUGCUCAAUACAAAUUUAUACAUUCAUUGCUCAUUUACUAUUUGAAAAACUCACGUCUCAUUUAGCCAAAAUUAUAAAUACAGUAUGAUUGUUAUGCUCAAAGUACCAGUCAAUAACAGGGUCAACAUGAUAAAUAUUGAUUAAAUAUUUAAAUUUGUGUGUGUGUGUAUGCAUGUACCCAAAUAUAAAUAGAAAAUGACAGACAUAAAAGAACAAAACAUUUUACAGUAUUUUAAAAUAACGCAAAUAAUGCAAUUAAUAUUAAAAACAAAUAACAUUAUCAAUGUAAUAUUUGUAUU